AUGGCUGGAGUCGUGGAGCAGAAGAGCGGGCUGGUGCACGGCAAGCUGGGCGAGGCUGGCAAGAGGAACGGCCUCAUCAACACCAGGAGCCUGGUGGCCGAGAGCCGGGAUGGCCUGGUGUCCGUGUACCCUGCUCCCCAGUACCAGAGCUGCCGGGUGGUGGGCAGCGUGGCGCCGGCUGGCCCAGACGGCGCCAGGAACGAGCCGCUCCAACAGCUGCUGGACCCCAGCACGCUCCAGCAGUCGGUGGAGUCCCGCUACCGGCCCAACCUCAUCCUCUACUCGGAGAGCGUGCUGCGCCCCUGGGGGGACGGCGUGGCGGCCGACUGCUGUGAGACCACCUUCAUCGAGGAUCGCUCGCCCACAAAGGAGAGCCUGGAGUACCCCGAUGGCAAGUUCAUCGACCUCUCGCCCGAAGACAUCAAGAUCCACACGCUAUCCUACGACGUGGAGGAGGAGGAGGAGUUCCAAGAGCUGGAGAGUGACUACUCCAGCGACACGGAGAGCGAGGACAACUUCCUCGUGAUGCCCCCGCGGGACCACCUGGGCCUCAGCGUCUUCUCCAUGCUCUGCUGCUUCUGGCCGCUGGGCAUCGCCGCCUUCUACCUGUCCCACGAGACGAACAAAGCCGUGGCCAAGGGGGACUUCCACCAGGCCAGCACCAGCUCCCGGCGGGCCCUCUUCCUGGCCGUGCUCUCCAUCACCAUAGGGACCGGCAUCUACGUGGGUGUGGCCGUGGCCCUCAUCGCCUACCUCUCCAAGAGCAACCACCUAUGA